GCCUUUUUCCCCCACGUGGCGUAAGGAAGGGCCAGACAACUAGGGGGCCGCGGCUGUGCAGCAGUGCGCGGAGGCGCGCGUACUUGCUCUUCUAUAAUUCUAACCUGUGAGACUACCGUCAAGUUUUAUGCUUAAGGGGAAGCAGCGCCUGCUGCUGUCAGGAAUUGUAACCAACUACCAAAGAGAAAACUAGUGCAACUCCUUUGACUUCAGCAGAGAUGCAUUUGUGUGUGAGGACUGAAUCUGACCUCUGUUUUUAAGCUAGGCCUUCCAUUUUAAAGGACAUCGUCCUGCAGCUCUUAUUCAUGGGAGAAGUCCCACUGACAUUCAUUUGCAUUUUCCUCAUCAGUAAGAACUAAAAGAUCAGACUAUACCAACAGGACAGUCCUUUUGGCUAAUCUGGAGUUGUUGACAUACUUCCAUUUCCAGUUUGUUUAUAAACUAGUUAGAUGGAAUUUAAAAUUGAACACACCUGGGACAGUUUACCAGUGAGUCAUGAGCCAGUAACUGUCAGGUUGAAGUCAGGCGGUGCAGGAUUGCUGAUGGAAGUAAGUGCCCCCUUCUUUAAUGAUCCUCCAGCACCACUUGGAGAGCCAGGAAAGCCUUUCAGUGGACUGUGGGACUAUGAGGUUGUAGAAGCAUUCUUCUUGAGUGAGAGAACUAAGCAGUACUUAGAAGUUGAACUCUGUCCCCAUGGACAACAUUUAUUGCUGUUGCUUUCUGGCAGAAGAAGAGUAUUGAAACAAGAACUUCCUUUAACAUUUGAAGUGUCCAGAACAGAGACCAAAUGGGAAGGCAGAGCUCAUCUUCCUUGGAGUUAUUUUCCACCAUGCACUGACAAGUUUAAUGCAUUUGCAAUUCAUGGUUCAGAAGCAAAGAGAACAUAUGAAGCACUUUACCCUGUGCCUCAGCAUGAAAUACAGAAAGGACUGAAACCAGAUUUCCAUCGCUUGGAAUUUUUCAAACAACUUAACCUGAGGAUGUUAAUGGGAGAAGAUUGGAAACAGCCUGAAUCAGAUCUGUGGUGUCAACUGAUUAGAUAAAUGGAUAAAAAAAUUUAGAUAUUUCAUAUGAUUCCAGGUGGUUGAAGCUAUAGGAACCAACCUUUUCAGCUAAACUAUGAUAAGAGCUUUAGUAUGCAUUUAUAAAUGUCAUAAAAAAUGAGUGUUUGAAAGCCUGUUUAAGCACCAAAAAAGUCAACCUUUUAAAAAGUCAAUUAUCUGCAGCAGUUAUAUCUAAAAAUCAUGGGUCAGUGGGGUAGAGGGUUCUUUUCUAUUACCUCAUCAAGAUACAGAUGUGGAACUCGCAUGUUCAUGUAAGAUGGAGGUGAGCCUAUUUAAGUCAUUCAGUCUAUGCCCUUGGGCCUGCUAGUGCAAAGAAAAAGAUCCUCUAACUAGGGUUGUACAUUUAGGUUAUAUUUAUUCAGGUUAGAGUUCUUGGAAAAAUCCAGUGUUUGAGCUGGAAUAUUUCAUUUUAUACAGUAUAAUCUCAGUAUUUCUCCCUUACAUUGAGAGAGCUUCAAAUAUUUAGAGAGAUUUUUCACUGCUACAUGGUUUUUCAUAACUGUUGCCAUUGUGAUUCCUGUUACCACUGGUAAUUAAGUGGUAAAUUUGUCCUAUUAACUGAAUCUUGAGCUUUUUCAUAGUAUUUAUGUAACAUUGCACACAGCUACGUUACCUGACUUGUAUGUUAUGGAAUGCUGAUUCUGUGAUGGGGUUUGUUAUAUUGUAUUUAACAACAAUUAUGACAUAACAGAGUUGCACAAUUAAUAAGGUAACCAAAAUAGAAUAAUUAUUCUUCCCUCAGUGUCUUGUUUUUGGGGAUGUAUAGAAUUCCUUUAUGUAUACAAUUUUUUUUAUUAUUAUUUUUUUUUUAGAGCGUAGGUUCUUUGGGAUAUGACCCAUGCUCUCUUGUGUUUGUAUAGUGCCUAGCACAUAGUGGAGUUCCACAAGUAACAAAUACAGUAAUAACUAACUGCACAUAUACUAUAUAUAUGGAGGCAGUAUGGUCCAGUGGAUAGGGCACCAGACUGGAGUCAGGAAAUUGGGUUUUAAUAUCCACUGUGAUGUGCAGCCUACUUCCUUGACAUCCAGUGCUGCUAACCUCAGGCCAGGUCUGUACUUAAAAAUUAGAUCAACAUAGCUACAUUGCUCAGGGCUAUGAAAAAUUUCACACUCUGUGCAGUGUAGUUAGCUAUAUCCUCUUAGGUUGACCUAAGUCAACAGAUGAAUUCUUGCAUCUUGGAGAGGUGGAUUACCUAUCACCUAUUAUCAGUGGAAACCCCUCCUCUGUCAACAUAGCAAGCAUUUACAAUGCUACAGCGGCACAACUGCAGCAUUGUAAUUGUACCACAGUAUCCGCGCUAGUGUAAAUGUGGCAUCAGUUUCCUUUUAGCAGAUUGGGGUCAGACUAGAUGAUUACAGUGCUGGAUGAGUUGGGAGCAUUGGCCCUCCAGCCAAACCAAAAGUCUUCUGGGGCAAACCAAGAGCUCCAGUAAACAAUACAGUGUGCUAGGCCCCUUCUGGCCUCAGUAAUACUUUUCCAGCUCUCUCUCCCUCUCAAUUCUCUGACUCAGUAGUCCUUUUCUUCU